CACAAAUAAAUUUCAACUUCCUUGUCGGUGGGUGUUGCCCAAACCCUGGAUGUUGUGAAAACGUUGUGUAUCCGUCUAUGUUUACUGAACGAUUGGAUGAAGAAAUGUUAGCAUGACUCUCUUCGUCAGUCAAUAUAUGCUUCUUGUGACAUGCAUAAGAGCGUAUGAGAAUUUAGCAUUACGGAAACCAGCAUGGCAGGAACAUAACUGGCCUGAUAAACCCUAUGAUGUGGAAUGGGGAGCAGCGAAGGCUGUGGACGGAAUGGAUACUGACCGCUCAGCAGGAGGAACCCAUUGUACCAUUUCAGGCCCGAGUAAAACAACAGCGACGUGGAGAGUGGAUCUGGAGAGUGUGGUCAGCAUCAGUCACAUUGACAUCUACUACAGGACGGACAAUCUUCCAAUUCCUAGUGUAUACACUUCGGGGUUUGCUGGAUUUUUCCUUUACGUAUCCAACACUACGUCAAAGGAUGACGGCCAUCUUUGUUUCCAUGAAAUACAGAAUGUGACCGGUACUCCAAUAGAGAUCCAGACAAUAAGAUGUUCUGUUCAUGGACGAUAUGUGAUAUACUACAACGAACGGAUACAGGGUGUUACCUAUCCUAGUUAUUACUCACAAUACGCAAACAAUGACCUGUGUGAAGUGGAAGUUUUUGGAUGUCGUGACCCAAAAUAUCAUGGACUUAAUUGUGAUCAACCGUGUCCCGACGGAUGUCAAGAGAAAAGGUGUGACGUCAAGACGGGUCAAUGUCUGGGCUGCAUACCGGGAUAUCAAGGUCCUCGCUGUAGUCAAGAUUGCCUAGUUUACGCGACUAAGACAAUGGAAGGACGGCCAGUGUCUGGUCAACAGAUAAUGCUUAGUCCUAGGUAUCCCACAAGUCCAUGCAUGUCCUAUUCUCGAUUCUCCGUUCAUGAGGUAUGUGCUGUACAGACAUACGGACUGGAAUGUUCUUUAUCAUGUGGUAACUGUAGUGAUGGAGAGACCUGUCACCAUGCCACCGGCAUGUGUCCAAGGGGAUGUAACAAGGGAGUGGAGGGGGACAAAUGCCAGACACCAUGUCAGCCUGGUUAUUAUGGGAAGAACUGCGGACAGAGAUGCAGUGAGAACUGUAAAGUGACAAACCACUGUAACAGAUUUACAGGGGAUUGUGACAGGGGCUGUAAACCGGGAUGGAAGAUACCAACAUGUCAGGAAGAAUGUGACGGCGGGAUGUACGGCGCAGGCUGCACACAGAGUUGCGGCCCCUGUCUACACAACAACCAGUGUCACCAUAUUAAUGGCACGUGUUUAAAUGGCUGUUCUUCCGGGUAUCAGGGAUGGAACUGCAAGGAGAAAUGCCCCAGUGGAUAUUUCGGUAUCAAUUGUGAGAACAAGUGUACCGUGUACUGUGGUAGCAAUGGAAGUUGUGAUCAUGUCACCGGAAUUUGUGAGAGCGGAUGCAAAGAGGGGUGGAGCGGGCCUAUCUGUGGUACAGAGUUAUCGUUCCACGCUACAACUUGUACAGAUGACAACACCGCCAUCAUCAUAAGUCUUGUAGUAUCUAUUAUCAUAGUGCUCAUCGGAAGUGUCAUCAACUUCCUGAUGUGGAAGAGAAAUCAACGAAACGCAAAGAAAGGAGAAAACUGUACAAGUGAAACAAGGAGUGCUCACAAUUCAGAUACCGAGAGGUUUAGAAGGAUUAAACCUUGUCUACGUCUAGAGGCUUCAAAAUAUAUUUAUAAAAAAAUAUACCAAGCGGUUCAAAUCGGGUUAGAUCCCCGUAUGCAGAACUGGGAGACCUUGACAAACCGAACACGUAUGAGGAACUUCACCAUUAUACCGAAUCUACCGGGGAAGUCUAAGACGAGUUAUUUGUAUUGCAGUUAUUUCCACCGUACUUAGUCUAAGACGAAUUAUUUGUACCGUACUUAGUUUUCUAUGAUGAACUUUCACAUAGAACGUAGCCGGAAAAGUCUAAGACGAAGAUAUAUAUUAUUUUUACUGAAUUUAUUUCCACCGUAUUUAGUUUUCCAUGAUGAACCUUUAUAUAGAAUGCAGUACAUUUUUUACGUCGAACGUCCAAUGCAUUUCAUUUCGUUGUCCACAACGCUGACCGUUGAUGAGUGUGUGCAAUCUAAUGUCUCAAUGAUUUAUGAACAUAUGAAGAGAGUACGUGGGAUAAAACUGAUAAUUACUGAUAUCUUACAUGAACGGUGUGAACCUGUCUGUAUAUAUUUUGAAUGUAUAUAUAUAUAUAGCUUAAUAUUGUUAUAUAUUGUUAAUAUUGUUAUAUUAUCAUUGGCGCCCUAGCGAUUAUAUCCCAUGUCAAAAUGACCGUGAUUAACUGAAAACUCACGGGAAAACAUGAUAAAUUGUAAUUGUACGUAUUGAAAUCUAUCAAUGUUAUUUGCAUUAAUUUAUUGAAUCAUAGAAGUACUUGCGGUUUUGGCGAAAUUCUGCCAAGCUUUUAUGGGGGGAAAUUAGUUUGUGUUGCAGAUAUUUUCUUCUUUAAUUUUUAAAAGAAUAACUCAUACAGAUACUUACUCUCAAACACAUAUGAAAAUCAACUAAUAUAUGCGUAUGCGUAGUACAUAAUCAAAUAAAGUAAGGGUCAUGAAGCUAUUUGUGAUGUUUUUUUAUGGUUUUGUAUGGAUAAACUAGUGAAAUUUAACAACUCUUUCGUCGUCGUCCGGAAGACUUUUUGUAUGGAUUGAAAAUUUACGAAAAAACUGACAAUUCCUCUUAAUAUCAUCCCAGACGACGAGGGAAGAAGGGUUAAAAUAUCAAUUGAAAGAUGCUUACAGAAUUGUCAUCAUGACGUAAUUUCGAGUGAUGAAAUUCCCACUUCUUGGCAGUUGAAGAGGUAACGGGAAUCACUGGGGUAGUACAUGCAUUUUCAAAAAACUAUAUGCUCAUCGGAUAUUUAUUCAAAGGGUUUAACAUUUAUUGGAAACAUAAUAAUAAAAAAUGAAAAAAAUCCGGAUGUAUUUAAGUCAAUCUUACAGACCGGAUUUCAUUAUUGUUGUUAUUGCCAGUGUAAAGAUAACGGUGUAUAUAUAAGACCUACCAAAGGUCCAUGAGAAUUCAUGUUACACACAAGAUAAUCAACAUUUAAAUAGUUUAUCUAAUGAUGAAUGAAUAAUUUCACAAACAAUGUAUUCGUUGAAAAAUUAAGCAUUAUAUUAACUAUGUGCAUACAUUUCAUUAAAUAUAAAACAACAUGUGAUAUCAACAGCAGACGACAAUGUUUUACUUAGGCCAAUUUCAACCAAGGCGCGUACGUACAUCAAUGAUAUUUAGUGGACGUGUGACAUUUUUAAGAAAGUAUACAAUUGUAAUCCGUGAAUAUAAAUUUUUACGUAUCACCCCUCCCCUCGACAUUUCAAAAAGUACGAUACGUGUCUGGUGAUACAUUGUACCACUCUUGUAUACUGAUUGUGUGUUGUAGCAUUGUACCAUUUUUGUAUUCUGAUUGCGUGUUGUAGCAUUGUACUAUUCCUAUCUACUGAUUGUGUGUUGUAGCAUUGUACCAUUCUUGUAUACUGAUUGUGUGUUGUAGCAUUGUACCGUUCUUGUAUACUGAUUGCGUGUUGUAGCAUUGUAACAUUAGUGUAUACUGAUUGCGUGUUGUAGCACUGUACCAUUCUUAUCUACUGAUUGUGUGUUGUAGCAUUGUACCAAUUUUUGUAUACUGAUUGUGUGUUGUAGCAUUGCACCGUUCUUUUAUACUGAUUGUGUGUUGUAGCAUUGUACCAUUCACCAUAUUUGUUUUAACAAUUGUUUUUACACAUUUUUAUUACUUGUGUAAACAAAUUUCAUCAUCAGGAAUUUAACUGUAAACUAAAAUUCGAGGUUAUUCUUCAAUUUAAAUCCCAGAAUGUCACACUAUAGUGCCCAGGUAUGCGCGUUAGCUUCAAAGAUACUAGCGUACAUUGUAUAUGUUAUCGCCCGAGAGUGCUACAAUGCAGCUACAAUGGAGGGAAUUCCAACAACGAAUAACUAUUUCUCUCCGAUCUAAGUUGUCUCUUUUUUAAAUUCACAAAUUAUAUGUUUUAGGAAGCUUAAACACCAGAGAACACUAAAUUAUCCACGUUUUAAACAACGCCAUAUCCCACUGAUUUAUGAUAUAUAACAAGGCUUGUAAUUCAAUCCACCCCUUCCCAUACCCCAUGAGAGAUAUUUCACAAUCAAAAUAUAUAUAUAUUGCUUACCAGCUGGUUUCAUAGCCCCCUUCACUCCCGGUAAUUUUCUUUAUGAUUAAAAUUCUCUAAUAAGAACUACAUACCCGUUAUAUGUUUAAAAAUGGAAGUAAUAUCAGC